GUGUAUGCUAAUAAUGCAGCCCAAUGGGGGGGCACAAGCCAGUGCAAACUGUAGGCUGGUCCCAAGCCCGGAUAAAUGCAGAGGGUUGCGUCAGGAAGGGCAUCCAGCUUAAAACUUUGCCAAACAGAUAUGAGCAUUCAUCCAAAAUGAGAGAAAUGGAGUCGGGGUUAUUUUAAAAGAAGAGUUGGCUAAGAAUGUCUUGGAGGUGAAAAGAGUAUCAGAUCGAGUGACGAGGCUGAAACUUGAAAUUGAGGGUGUUAUGUAUAAUGUGAUUAGUGGCUAUGCCACACAGGCACGAUGUGAGACCUAGGGGUGAAAGAGAAAUUCUGAAAGGAGCUAGGUGAAGUAGUUCUGAGCAUCCCAGACAGAGCGAGAGUCAUGAUUGGUGCAGAUUGUAAUGGACAUGUUGGUGAAGGAAAUAGGGGUGAUGAAGAAGUGAUGGGUAAGUACGGCAUGCAGGAACGGAACUUGGAGGGACAGAUGGUGGUAGACUUUGCAAAAAGGAUGCAAAUAGCUGUAGUGAACACUUUUUUCCAGAAGAGGCAGGAACAUAGGGUGACCUACAAGAGCGGAAGUAGAAGCACGCAGGUGGAUUACAUCCUGUGCAGACGAUGUAAUCUGAAGGAGGUUACUGACUGUAAGGUUGUGGUAGGGUAGAGAGUGGCUAGACAGCAUAGGAUGGUGGUGUGUAAGAUGACUCUGGUGGUAGGGAGGAAGAAUAGGAAGACAAAGCAGAGCAGAGAACCAUGAGGUGGAAGCUGAGACAGGAAGAGUGUUGUGCGGCUUUUCUGGAAGAGGUCAGACAGGCUCCCGGUGGACAGGAGGAACUUCCAGAAGGCUGGACCACUACAGCCAAGAUCACAGCGGAGAGUGCCAAGUUGCUGGAAAAUCAUCAUCACCACAGUGACAAGAUUGUGAAAGAUAGAGCGAGCACAAUUCACACCGACAAGAAAACUAAUAACACAGCAGGAGUCACAUCACAUAUACGUAUGGCGAGCUCAGGCGAGUGGAACAGUAUGUAUCAUGAAUGCAUGGUGGACGAGGACUGUGGUGAACUGAAGUAUUGUUUGUAUGGGAUUGACAGCUCCAAAUGCCUGCCCUGCAUACCAACUGACAUGCCCUGCACAAAGAAUGAGGAGUGUUGCCCAAGCCAGAUGUGUGUUUGGGGCCAGUGUACAGUCAAUGCCACUGAGGGAACAGAGGGAACAAUCUGUCAGGGUCAGAAUGACUGCAAACUGGACCUCUGCUGUGCCUUCCAACGAGAGCUUUUAUUUCCUGUGUGCAACCCCAAACCGGGAAAGGGGGAGGCCUGCCUGAACCAACCUAACCUAUUAAUGGACAUGCUUGCCUGGGACCAGGAGGGUCCUCGCGACUACUGCCCCUGUACCAAUGACCUGCAGUGCCAAUCUCACGGACGUGGAUCUGUUUGUGGACAGUAGCACCAGAAGUAGGGAUCCAGUAACUAAAAUAAAUAACCUUGCCUGAAGCUGUGGUGAAGUCGUGAUUGAUGAUUGACCAAAGAACAGCCCAUCUGCUGCGGCUUUCUGUUUUUCAAAAAUCCUAGUGUUGCAAGGAGUUGCACUGUUUCUUUAUAUGUGUAUUAUUUGUAAUAAAAGAUAC